AUGACACCCGAUGAGCUGUCAGGCCUCCUAUUGCGGGACGAAUAUCUUGUUGUAGAUAUUCCCGCCGCAGCAUUCCCACAAUUGGAGCCAUUUAUUGGAACUAGAGCGUAAGAAUCCAAACAAUUAUUGACAACUAGAUAUUGACAGACUCUCCUAGGUACACCUACCGGCCAGCAAUCGGACGAUUGGCAGUCAAGAUCACCACUCAAAUGCAUGGGACGGUUGCAAGUUGGGCAAGUGAAUUGAUCGCAGAGGGUGUCGAAAAGGGAGCGUUUGGCAGAAGAGACAUUGCUCUUAUUGCUGAAGGGCGGCUCAGGGGAUUCUCCGGUGAAUAUGAAGAUAUAUAAGUUCUAUUCUCUAGACUGAAGAGUUCUUAUCUGAAUAUGAGUCUUACACUAGCACAGAACCAAAGUCCCCGAUAUUGCGCUAUUCCCCGGAGAAUGCUCCUGGCCUACGAUUGUGUUUGAAUUCGGCUAUGCCGAACCGUAUGACCAACUGAAGGAUGAUGUGAAGCUGCUCCUUGAGGGCAGUGAAGGACAAAUUACAAAGGUGAUAGUAAUCAAACUCGAGCCGCUUCAAGAGGGGGAGACGGAAAUCCAAAGAGGAUUUGUCGAAGUAUGGCAUCUCAGGAAUGGGGCUGCGACUAAGGAAGGUUGGAGAAAGGUGACUUUUAUCACCCUGCAGGUCCCAUUUACCUUCACUAAUAUGUGAAAUGUAGAACCUAUUUCCACCUCCGAGGAGCCAUGAGGCCCAGGAAAUAAUGCUAUCACUAGGAGAUAUACUUGGAGAUGAGUUUGAGAACCUUGCAAAUCAGGGAUGGGGUGCAGCAGAUACACUAGCCCUCCCAUUUGAUGCUUUACGCGAGUUUAUUGACAAAGCAACCCGGCGUCAUCUCAUCCAUGAAGGUCUUCUAGAGGAGGACUGA